GGCUCUAUGGAUUUUUAAGAACUAGGGGCUAGGACCCUUGGGUGCUUACCUGGGCUCGGGUCCCUCUAGGAGUUGGAAACUACCCUUUGGAGACUUUUCCUUCCCUCUUCCCUGGUGGUUUUAAGCCACAGUGGCCCAUCUCUGGAAAUGCAAGGCUCAGGAUAGGGACUAGACCCCUAAGUUUAUACUCUACCCUGGCCCCUGCUGCAAAGGCAAAGACUUAGGAGUCCUGGGAAGUUUGUGCAAGGUCUUGGGAACUCUUUCAUUCAUAACAGGAUUGGUGUUGGUUGGGGUCUCCUGACUUCUGUCUAGUCCUCUACUCUCUGCCUCCCUCCCUUUAUGCUGAGUAUGCAAUGGACACAGAGCCUAUCUAUAGACCCAGAUCAGGGCAAAGCUGAGAAACAGGCCAAGGGGUGUCUGGGAGCUUCUCAGCCUAGUUUGUGAUACUACUUAUCCCUGGAUCCCUAGAAAAAAGUUCCAAGGGAAGGAAUUGGGGAAGACAGAGUCAGAAAGGUAGCUACUCUUCGGGUUCCACUUCUCCCUGUUUGUCUGUCUGUCUCUUUCUCUGCAGGAGCUGGGCCCCUUCUUAAUUCUCUUCCUGCCUGUCCUUUCCUGGUCCCUGUUUCCUCCUUUCUUUGCCUUUGCUGCUUCUACCCUCAUCCCCUGGAGGCCCAGGUCUGCUGGACACAUCCAUCCCCUUUGGGACUAUGGGAUCACUGCUUGGGCUUCUGGCACUGCUGCUGCUUUGGGGCGCUGUGGCUGAGGGCCCCACCAAGAAGGUGCUGACCCUGGAGGGGGAUCUGGUCCUGGGUGGGCUGUUCCCGGUACACCAGAAGGGUGGCCCAGCAGAGGAGUGUGGGCCUGUCAAUGAGCAUCGAGGGAUCCAGCGCCUGGAGGCCAUGCUUUUUGCACUGGACCACAUCAACCGUGACCCACACCUGCUCCCGGGUGUGCGUCUAGGUGCGCACAUCCUCGACAGCUGCUCCAAGGACACACACGCCCUGGAGCAGGCACUCGACUUCGUGCGUGCGUCGCUUAGCCGUGGUGCCGACGGCUCACGCCACAUCUGCCCUGACGGCUCUUAUGCCACCCACGGUGAUGCUCCCACUGCCAUCACUGGUGUCAUUGGCGGCUCCUACAGUGAUGUCUCCAUCCAGGUGGCCAACCUCCUGCGGCUGUUUCAGAUUCCACAGAUCAGCUAUGCCUCCACCAGUGCCAAGCUGAGCGACAAGUCCCGCUAUGACUACUUUGCCCGCACAGUGCCCCCCGACUUCUUCCAAGCCAAGGCCAUGGCUGAGAUCCUCCGCUUCUUCAACUGGACCUAUGUGUCCACUGUGGCAUCUGAGGGCGACUAUGGCGAGACAGGCAUUGAAGCCUUUGAGCUAGAGGCCCGCGCCCGCAACAUCUGCGUGGCCACCUCAGAGAAGGUGGGCCGUGCCAUGAGCCGCGGGGCCUUUGAGGGUGUGGUGCGAGCCCUGCUGCAGAAGCCCAGCGCCCGCGUGGCUGUCCUGUUUACCCGUUCCGAGGACGCGCGCGAGCUCCUCGCGGCCACCCAGCGCCUCAAUGCCAGCUUCACCUGGGUGGCCAGCGAUGGCUGGGGGGCGCUGGAGAGCGUGGUGGCCGGCAGCGAGGGGGCCGCUGAGGGCGCCAUCACUAUCGAGCUGGCCUCUUAUCCCAUCAGCGACUUUGCCUCCUACUUCCAGAGCCUGGACCCCUGGAACAACAGCCGGAACCCCUGGUUCCGGGAGUUCUGGGAGCAGAGGUUCCACUGCAGCUUCCGGCAGCGAGAUUGCGCCGCCCACUCACUGCGGGCGGUGCCUUUUGAGCAGGAGUCCAAGAUCAUGUUCGUGGUCAAUGCAGUUUAUGCCAUGGCCCACGCGCUGCACAACAUGCACCGAGCCCUCUGCCCCAACACCACCCAGCUCUGCGAUGCGAUGCGACCUGUCAACGGGCGCCGCCUCUACAAGGACUUUGUGCUGAACGUCAAGUUUGAUGCCCCCUUCCGCCCGGCUGACACGCAGAGUGAGGUUCGCUUUGACCGCUUUGGUGAUGGCAUUGGACGCUACAACAUCUUCACGUAUCUGCGGGCAGGCAGUGGGCGCUACCGCUAUCAGAAGGUGGGCUACUGGGCAGAAGGCCUGACCCUGGACACCAGCCUUAUCCCAUGGGCCUCACCCUCGGCCGGCCCCCUGCCAGCCUCUCGCUGCAGUGAGCCCUGUCUCCAGAAUGAGGUGAAGAGCGUGCAGCCGGGAGAGGUCUGCUGCUGGCUGUGCAUCCCAUGCCAGCCGUACGAGUACCGGCUGGACGAGUUCACGUGCGCUGACUGUGGCCUGGGCUACUGGCCCAACGCCAGCCUAACUGGCUGCUUCGAGCUGCCCCAGGAGUACAUCCGCUGGGGCGAUGCCUGGGCCGUGGGACCCGUCACCAUCGCCUGCCUGGGAGCCUUGGCCACCCUCUUCGUGCUGGGGGUCUUUGUGCGGCACAAUGCCACGCCAGUGGUCAAGGCCUCAGGCCGGGAGCUCUGCUACAUCCUGCUGGGCGGUGUCUUCCUCUGCUACUGCAUGACCUUCGUCUUCAUUGCCAAGCCGUCCACAGUGGUGUGCACCUUACGGCGCCUCGGUUUGGGCACCGCCUUCUCUGUCUGCUACUCAGCCCUGCUCACCAAGACCAACCGCAUUGCGCGCAUCUUUGGCGGGGCCCGGGAGGGAGCCCAGCGGCCACGCUUCAUCAGCCCGGCCUCGCAGGUGGCCAUCUGCCUGGCGCUUAUCUCGGGCCAGCUGCUCAUUGUGGCCGCCUGGCUGGUGGUGGAGGCACCGGGCACGGGCAAGGAGACAGCCCCAGAGCGGCGGGAGGUGGUGACAUUGCGCUGCAACCAUCGAGAUGCGAGCAUGCUGGGCUCACUCGCCUACAACGUGCUCCUCAUCGCACUCUGCACGCUCUAUGCCUUCAAGACCCGCAAGUGCCCCGAGAACUUCAACGAGGCCAAGUUCAUAGGCUUUACCAUGUACACCACUUGCAUCAUCUGGCUGGCCUUCCUGCCCAUCUUCUAUGUCACUUCCAGUGAUUACCGGGUACAGACCACCACCAUGUGCGUGUCAGUCAGCCUCAGCGGCUCCGUGGUGCUCGGCUGUCUCUUUGCGCCCAAGCUUCACAUCAUCCUUUUCCAGCCGCAGAAGAACGUGGUUAGCCACCGCGCACCCACCAGCCGGUUCAGCAGCGCCGCCACCAGGGCCAGCUCCAGCCUUGCCCAAGGGUCUGGCUCCCAGUUUGUCCCCACUGUUUGCAACGGCCGGGAGGUGGUAGAUUCAACAACAUCGUCGCUUUGAGGACCCCGCAUUCCUGUCCCGACACAGCUGCUCCCUGGGACCCGGUGCAGAUCUGCAUCCAGGGCCGGGAGGAAGUCAGCUAGAGCACUGCAAUAAGGCCAGUCCCGUGCCCGCCCCCAAGCCACUCUCCCACUGACUCCAGCCCUUCAGAGUCAGAAGUCAGGGUCCUUGGCCCAGGAGCCUCUGCAACAGCCACCAACUGUCCUUGCAGCCUGUCCCCUCCUUGCUAGGCCCAGACUCGGAAGGGAGCAAGCCAGGGUCUACUAGGCCCUGGAACGAGAAGGCUGAGGACUGCUGGCCCCAAUUCCCAAUCAGCAAAGGUGCUUCCAGCCCUGCCCCUCCCUCCUCCUAGGGCCUUUUUAAUUUUUUACAUAAGUUAUUCCGGGAUGGGGAGGAGGGUUCUUGUGGGGGGCAUCCCUCCCCCUGCAUAGUAGUUUGU